AGAAGAGCGUCUGGCCCCGGCGCGCGGCGGCCAUCGAGAACCCCUGAGGCGCAUCCCCUCUGGCCUCCGGCCCUCAAGCCACAGCGCCCGCUUCGCGCUAUCACUCUUGCUCGUUCGCCUUUCUUCCCUGCGGCCGGCUGCGCCAUGGCGUUGGCGGCGGCGGCGCUGGCGGCGGUAGAGCCGGCCUGCGGCAGCCGGUACCAGCAGUUGCAGAAUGAAGAGGAGCCUGGCGAACCUGAACAGGCUGGAAGUGAUGCUCCUCCGCCUUACAGCAGCAUCUCUGCAGAGAGUGCAACAUAUUUUGACUAUAAAGAUGAGUCUGGAUUUCCAAAGCCCCCUUCUUACAAUGUGGCUACAACUCUGCCCAGUUAUGAUGAAGCUGAGAGAACCAAGGCUGAAGCUACUAUUCCAUUAGUUCCUGGAAGAGAUGAGGAUUUUGUGGGCCGAGAUGAUUUUGAUGAUGCUGACCAGCUGAGGAUAGGAAAUGAUGGAAUUUUCAUGUUAACAUUUUUCAUGGCAUUCCUCUUUAACUGGAUUGGGUUUUUCCUGUCCUUUUGCCUAACCACCUCAGCUGCAGGAAGGUAUGGGGCCAUUUCAGGAUUUGGUCUCUCUCUAAUAAAGUGGAUCCUGAUUGUCAGGUUUUCUACCUAUUUCCCUGGAUAUUUUGAUGGCCAGUACUGGCUCUGGUGGGUGUUUCUGGUAUUAGGUUUUCUCCUGUUUCUCAGAGGAUUUAUUAAUUAUGCAAAAGUUCGGAAGAUGCCAGAAACCUUCUCAAAUCUCCCCAGGACCAGAGUUCUCUUUAUUUAUUAAAGAUGUUUUCUGGCAAAGGCUUUCCUGCAUUUAUGAAUUCUCAAGCAAGAGAACACCUGCAGGAAGUGAAUCAAGAUGCAGAUCACAGAGGAGUAAUCACCUGCUUUACAAAAAUAAAUAAAGUACUGUGGAAGAAGAUCAUUUCUCUCUAUUUGUUCCUAGGUGUAAAAUUUUAAUAGUUAAUGCAGAAUUCUGUAAUCAUUGAAUCAUUAGUGGUUAAUGUUUGAAAAAGCUCUCGCAAUCAAGUCUGUGAUGUAUUAAUAAUGCCUUAUAUAUUGUUUGUAGUCAUUUUAAAUAGCAUGAGCCAUGUCCCUGUAGUCAGUAGGGGGCAGUCUUGCUUUACUCAUUCUCCAUCUCAAAAUGAAUUUGGAAUUAAAUAUUUUAGUGUAAGAUAUGUACAAUGCUGGUCAUUUUAAAGGGAUUUUCUCAAAAGUUAAAACUUUCGUUAUGACUGCAUUUCUGCACAUAAUACAUAUUUGCUGUUAAAAUUAAUCUAGAAAUUUAUUCAGUUGUACUGUGUGAACACUGCAAAGCAAAAUCAUUGUGCAAAAUACAUUUAAGGUGUGGUCAGAAUAUGUCCUUAAUUGGUAAUAAUAAGCAUUCAUUUUUUACAUAGUCUGUAUUCUAAAUUUUCCGAUACCUUGUUGUUCGGUAAUGUGUACCUAAAGGAUUCUAAAGGUGUUAUCACUGUAUAAAAGAGAAAAGACAAGGGCAAAUGCAACUUAAUUACUAAAAUGCAAUUCUUGACACUUUCUGUAUGAAUAGCAUCUAUAUGGCCCUUAUUUUCUUUUUUCCUUUUGUCUCCUUGAUGAUUAGACCAGGGCUGGGAGUAAGGAGGGGAUUCAGUACUAGGAGCAAAGAAAGAGUUGGUUUGCGAUUUUUGAGAUGAUCCCUAACAUACUGUAACAACUUGCUUUUACAAUGUGUUAGCAGAAACUGAUGUUAUAAAUGUAGAAUGUGCUUCUGCCAAGUGAUAAUUCACCUUGGUUUGCAAUGUUAAAACUGUAAAUACAACAGAACAUUAAUAAAUGUCUCUUGUGUAGCA